AUGUCCACCAAGAAGGAAAUUAAUGAAAUUGGUAAACAAUUUUUAAAUGUUAAAUGGGAUAAACCUUUACCUAUUAAUGUUGAAUCAUUAUAUUUUGCACCAUUAAAAAUUGAACCUAAACAUCAUAAUUUAAUUGCCAAUUUACAACUUAGAGCUUAUGAUUAUGAAAACCUGGAUUUUUAUUGUGAUUUUAUUCUUAGAUGUGGGUUUUAUUUAGGUAUACCAUUAACUGGUCCUAAGCCAUUACCAAUUAAACGUGAAAGAUGGACUGUUAUAAAAUCACCAUUUGCAAAUGCCAAGAAAAAGGAGAAUUUCGAAAGAAAAACAUAUAAAAGAUUAAUUAGAGUUUGGGAUACAAAUUUGGAUCUUUUACAAUUUUUCAUUGCUUAUAUUUCUAAAUAUGGGAUCACUGGUGUUGGAUUAAAAUGUAAUAUUUUUGAAUCAAUGAGUUUAGAAGAAUGUAAUAAUGAAAUUCAAAAUAAACCUUCCACAUCACAAAUCAAUUCUAAUCAAGUUGAUUUAUUGAAUGAUUUAUUCACUACGACCCCAGAAUCGAUCAAGAUUCAAAAUAAUGAUGAACGUAUUUCUUUGAGAGUGAAAGAAAUUUUAGAAAAUCCAGAAUUUAAGAAAUAUUUAAAAUAA